AUGCCCCUCAUCAUUGAUUACGCAUUCGACCACCUUCGACAGGGAAGCAAUGAACCGUUCGAUUUUGGUUACUGCCGCCAGAAGGCAGCUAUUCCGGACUCAGUAGAGCUUUAUUUUGCCGAAUAUUUGGGCCUUUGCCUUAAGGGGUUGACCGAGGAGAAGUUUGAUGCGGUUGCAGCCGUAUUGGGGUCAGCGAUCCUAAAAAGCGCCAUAUUCGCAAAAGGAAAGACGCCUCCUGCAGAUGUAAUCUUGCAACCUACUGGUGUCUUCGAUAAAGACAUACAAAGUGUCUGUAAAAUAGCUAUUGACCGCUUUCUAUCCGAAGGUGUCCAAUGCUCUUAUGUUGACCCGGUGACCGGAGACCGAUGCGUAAACACAAAGGCCGGGCACAUCAAAGGCCACCAGCGAAGCUCCGGUGCUUUCCUUAAAGAGGGCGUCUUUGUCAGUGGCGAUUUAGGGAAGGCGGAGGACACCGUAGUAUCUAUUAUGACAACCAUCAAGGCCAAAGUUCAUUCUAACCGACAAGAAUGGCGAGUUCUUGUUGCAAAGCAUCACAGAGCUAAUAUCGAGAAUCUCAGAAAAUUGGGAGGUUAUCCAAGCCCAAACAACAAGCAGGGUGUAGAUGACCAGGCGAAGAAAAGAAAUGACAAAUUUGCCUCUACGAGCGUAUGUUACGGCUGCUUAGUCGGUAAGCCAGAGUACCGUUUGCCUUGUCAACAUGUUAUUUGCGAAAAUUGUUUGAGAGACAAUGACCCGACAGCCCCGGGAAUCGGUAAAGGAACAUAUGUGCACAACGACUGCAUCGUAUGUGGUGAGUCUGGGCAUCCAGAAUGGCCAUUCAGUGUUCAAAUUCGCCCGGAAUUGUCAGGAAUUAGAGUUUUAUCGCUGGAUGGAGGCGGGGUUCGAGGAAUUGUCGAACUAGUAAUAUUGGAAAGACUAGAAGAUCUUAUUGGACUUGGCCUACCUAUCGGGACCUUCUUCGACCUUAUUAUUGGGACCAGCACGGGAGGUCUCGUUGCAAUGGGAAUUGGCAUUCAGAAACUUACUGCCAAAGAGUGUACAUCUAAGUUUCGGUCUAUUUGCCGCGACGGGUUCGAUCAUAAGUUCCUAACUAAAACAUGGGUUGUAGGAUGGGUUGCACGGUGGUGUAGAGAUUCGAUUUACGUGGAGGAAGCCUUAGAAAAGGCAUUACAGGAAGCUUUCUCUGACCCACCAGCUACGCAAGUCUUUGGGAUGAAGGAUCCCUGCCGAGUCGCGGUUACAACCACAGUGGGCACCGAUGGUGCACCAGGGGUCCGAAUGUCGAGACGGAGGCCUCAAACAAAACAACCCCCUUCAGAUGGCAGUCACCGAGUCUAA